ACCGCACAGAAAGGAAUUCUGGAAUUCUGGAAUUCUGGUCCAGCAUGUCCUGGGUGUCACUGUGAUGAUCUCCGUAUGAAUGUCUACCUUUCAGCUUUCCGCUCCCUCCGGCGUUGGCUUCUCCUCGCAUCGAGUCGAGACAGCUCAGAAUCGUCCCUGACGUAACGUGACGUACUACAGCUCCCUGCAGAGUCGUCCUUAUCGGAUUCAUUUAUCCUUGAAUCAGGUCACACAGUUGGCAGUUGAAUGACGUUUUGUGUCAUGCUAGCAGUGCCUGUUUCUCUGGCAUCCAGGAUCUAGCCCUCUAGCCCUCCUCGUACGCAGCUCUGCAGGUGAUUUUUUUGUCGGCUCAGAAAUAGCCCUCCUUGUACGCAGUUCUGCCGGAGAGAAGAGAAUACAGGAGGAUCUCAUAGUAGCGUCCCACUCUGCACACCUCUUGUGGUUUUGUUGCGUUGACUUGCUUUGACCAGCCGAAUUUGGCUCGAAUUCAGCGGACUCUCUCGGCGUUACUAUGUUUUUCCGUGCACGUGCCAAUCCCAAUAGUACUAAUCCCAGCAACACUAAUCCUGACAUCCCUAAUCCUGGUGCCACUAAUCCCAGCACCACUAAUCCCAGUGCUACUAACUCCAGUGAUACCGCUGGUCUCAAAUCCUCCACUAUUACAGAUCCCAAGCCUACUAUGGAUCCCAAGCCUUCUGUGGAUCCCAAGCCUGCUAUGGAUCCCACGGGGACCACCAGUCGUCAGCCCCCUGGCCGUGACUCCUCGUCCUCCACCAAAGCGCCUGACACCGAAGGGACUACCGGGCGGAGUUCCCGAGGCGGCACCCAGCGGGAAUCCCAAGGGGCCACCCCGAGGAGCACCGCGGGGCAGACUGUUACUACACCCAGGAGUACCGCUGGGCAGACUACAACCACCCCGGACGUGCUAUCCAUGCUCGAGUCCCUCUGGGAGCAGCCCGUCGCCAGCUCAGACACGACCUCCCUCAGAUCCGCCUCCUCCCCUCCCUCCCCUUCCGCCUCCCCAUCCGCCUCCGCUUCCACCUCCGCCACUCCGCGGGCUAGUAUCAGCGACACUCUCCUCCCCCCGACUGCUGUUGCUGCCGCGAGUGCCCCUGCUGGCGGAAGGGGGCGCGGGAGCGAGUUGGGGGAGGUGGCGGAGGUGGUUGAGGGCGGAGAGGCGGAAUUGAGUGAGCUUCCAGCGGAGGGGGAGGGCGCAAGGCCGAUAGUGCCACGCGCAGCGCCCGUUGAUGCUGCUGAGCCUGCUGCGGUGACUGCUGCUGUGCCUGCUGCUCUCACUGCUGCUGCUGCUGCUGGUAGUGGUGGUGAUACAUCUGCUGCUGUGCCUGCUUCCACUGCGGUGCCUGCUGCUGCUCCUGCUGCUUCUGCUGCUGCUGCUGCUGCUGCGGGUACCGAUGACGGAGGCAGCGACUACGAGGACGGCUCAGCUGCAGCACCGGGCGGCAUGCAGCCAAUGACAGUGGCGCCAGAAGCACCCACACCCCCACACUUGCCUCUUCCCCUCGGCUCUCCCCCCUGGUCUCUAGCCCAUCGCCUCUACACCUCUGCCUGCCACGCCCUGCACACCACCCUGCUGCCGCUUCUGCUCUCCCUCUCCCUGCCCCUGUCCCACUCGCCCAGUUCCCCAGGGGAGGAAGCGAAGCCACAGCAGGGUACUACUGGCCGCUGUCGUGCAGGGCAGGAAGGCACUGUCAAGGCAUCCGGAGCAGGAGCAGGGGGAGAGGUGCCACUCCCGUCAGGGUCAGGGUCAGAGCCAUGGGCAUUGGCGUCAGCGUGGGUGGAGGGGUGGCAGUUCGGAUGCUACUGGCCGCUCUCCAGCCCCUUUGGCCCUGCCUGGGCCGUGGGUUCGGCUGCACUGGCGCUGCUGCUGCUGCCUGUGGUGCUGGUGCUGGGGAUUCCCGUGCUCCUGUGCUGGAUUGCUGCUGCAGCGUUCCUCUCUGCCCUCGCAUCGCUCACCCUCCCGCCUCUCCGCAUCACGGCGCGCCGUGUGGAGCUGCCAGAUGGCCGCCACGUGGCGGUGUGUGAGUGGGGCGCAGCUGCCAGUGAUGCGCGCGAGACUAUUCUUGUGCUGCAUGGCACGCCGAGCUGCCGCCUGGUCGGCAUCCCCAUGGUCGACCCGUCUCUCCUCCGCGCCCGCAGAAUCCGCGUGGUCUCGUUCGACCGGCCUGGAAUCGGCCAGUCUGACUACCUCCCCGGCUGGGACCUGCACUCAUCUGCCGCGGACCUGCUCCACCUCGCGCCCCUGCUCUCCCUGCCCCCCAAAUUCUGGGUGCUCGGGUACUCUGGCGGGGGUCCGCAUGCCCUGGCAGUGGCUAGGUUCCUGCCUGAGCGCCUGGCUGGCGUGCUGCUGUGGGCUGGGGAUGUGAAUCCGUGGGAUCUGGUUGACACGAUGGCAGGGGAGAAGGAGCAAGGCGAAACGCAGAGGGGAAGAAAAGGCUCCAUGGAGUGGGGUGAGGCAGAGACGGAGGAGAGCAGUAAGGGCCGUGAGAGCAGGGAGAGUUCAACAUCGUCUAACUCCUUUCUCUCCACGAUCCACAAGCGGUGGGCUGCUUGGAAGCACGCGGCGCUCUUCUCUCUCUCCCUCUGGACCGGCCUGCCCUUCGCUGCUCGCCUGCGCUUCGAAUGCCUGCGCUGGAUCCCUCCCCGUGUCGUCCCCCUCCUCUUCCCGCUCCUCUUCCCCCCCCCCUCGUUCGCCUUCUCGCGCCUGUGCUUCUGUCGUCUUCUGCCAUCCAGCACGCGCUGCUCUCCUAUGUGCAGUGGGCCGAUGCACAGGCACUCUCCCACCCUGACACCAUUCACAUGCUCACAGGUGUGGAUUCUUCUCUCUUCCUCUACCUGCCAGCACGCGCUGUAUCAAGGCAACCUGCAGGCGGUGGUGGAGGAUCUGCUGCUGCCCGCUGUGCCAUGGGGGUUCUCCCUGAACGACCUUAAGCACUGCGACUUCCCCAUCCACAUCUGGCAGGGCACGGACGACCAGGAUGUGCCAGUGCUGCUGUCUGACCUGCUGGCGCACCUGCUGCCAUGCGUGUCCCUGCACCUGCUGCACGGCCACGGCCACUACUCGCCCUUCACUCACCCUGACUUUCACCGCGUCUUCCUCGACACGCUCACCGUGCAGUGACUGAUGGUGAGGCGACUCAGAAGAAGCCACCUUGCCCCUUGAUUCGAGUCCUAGGUUAGCUCACCGGGUGGUGCUGAUAGACCCGGUUAGGGGCGUUUGGGGAGAGUUUGGAGACAGGUGAGGUGAAUUUUCGGGUGGCGGUGAUUCGGGUAAUGGCUGAGAGAGCAAGGGUUUAGUGAGCAUGGGAUGACUGGGCAGUGUAGCAUGACAUUGGCCACUCUUGGAGGGUUGCAUUGAUGGUAGGAAGGGUCUUGUAAAUAUCAUGUACCGUAUAUCCCUGUUUUGUUGUACCGGUAAGUUUUUGUAACAUAAAUUGAAUUAAGUAUG